GUUCUGGUCUUCUAUUUAUUUUUCCCAAUCGAGUGUACUUAGUCAUCGAAGCCAACACCAAACAGCGCCUGCAAUAGGGAAAACAAAGAAAAAAACCGAACAUCAAAGAUGAACACAGACAUAACAGCUUCGGCCAAACCAGAGUACCCAGUUAUAGAUCGAAACCCUCCUUUCACCAAAGUCGUUGGCAAUUUCAACACCCUCGAUUACCUCCGUUUCACUACCAUUACCGGCGUUUCCGUCACCGUCGGCUACCUCUCCGGGAUAAAACCAGGAUUAAAAGGGCCUUCAAUGGUGACAGGAGGGUUGAUCGGGUUAAUGGGUGGAUUUAUGUACGCGUACCAGAACUCAGCGGGUCGACUCAUGGGAUUUUUCCCUAAUGAUGGCGAGGUCGCUCGAUACCGAAAACGUGGACUCAAAAACUAGCCAUUUCUCUCUUUUUCUAUUCUCGUCUAUUCACUUUUAUGUUUUUAGGACAAUUUGAAUAAUCUUCAUUGCUGUCUUUGAUUUCAUGUUGUUCAUUUCAAGGCAUUUGUAUUGCUGCUGUACUCUUUUGAUGCUUUAAAAUGUGACUUAUAUGGGUCUAAGAUCCCACUGAAAUGAGGUUGUCUUUGAAUAACUGUUAGAAGGCACCAACCUUUUGAUGCAA